AUGGCGUCAUCCUCUGCCAGCGCGGUCGUUGAUUUCACCUCGUUGGCGACUGCUGCGGCUGGAACCGUCGCUCCCACUGCAUGGGGUGUUUCUCCUUCCACUCCCUCCCUUGUGCCCCUCGCUCGAUUCCGCCCUCUCCCCACUUCCUCCUCGUUUUCUAGCGACACCUCUUCCGACUCUGGGCCCGACGAGCGACACCCCCGCGCCCUCCCCCUCGCCUUCCGCGGCCCAUACCGCGCAGACCCCGGCCCGCCACCGGCGCCAAUCGCGCCGUGGUCUCCAGUCCCGCCCUCCCCGCCGGCAUCCACGGCGUCCCAGCCCUGCUCCGGGCAUGCAACUUCUUCUUCGACUUCGCCCGUGCCGCGCCGGAAGAAACACCGUUCGCGCGUCGGUGGCUCUCCUCCUUCUAGUGGACGUGGGAGGCGUAGGCAGAGGAAGAGCGAUGAGGAAGAAGAGUAUGACACCGCCGUGCCCGGGGACAUCACUACGCGGGCGAAGAGGCGGCAGACGACAAUAAGUGCUGACGACGCCGGUGGUGCGGAUGUUGGGACAACGCGAGGCGCCAGGGAAGCAAGUGGCAAGGCGACGGGUCAUGCAUUGCGCCAGAAGGGCCGACCCGCAGCGAGGAAAACAUCCGGCGGAAGGAGGGGCAAGAAAGCAGCGAGGGGGAAGAGGCCGAAACGGGGCGAAGAAGACCCUGAUGAUGCGGAGGAGGAGGAUGAGGGGGAUGCGGGGGAUGAGGAGGAGGAGGCUGAUGAGGAGGAGGAUGCGGAGGAAGAGGAGGAUGAAGAGGAUGCGGAGGAGGAGGACGCGGAUGUUGGGGAGGAAGAAAAAGAUGAGAAUGAUGACGAGGAGGACGAAGAGGAGGAGGAGGAGGAGGAGGACGAGGAUGGGGGCGACGAGGAUGAGGAGGAGGAGGAGGAGGAGGAGGAGGAGGAGGAGGAGGAGGAGGAGGAGGAGGAGGAAGAGGAGGAGGAGAGGGACGACGAGGAUGAGGAGGAGGCGUGA